AUGUUCCUUACAAUCAAGGAGACUGGAACUGAAAAGUUCACGAUCAAAGGCUCAUACAUUCGCCCGUAUCUUGUUGGCGAUUCUGCGUUUCCUUUGUCUGCCACGCUUAUGAAGUGCCAUGAUGACAAUGCGGCCCUGCUUCCCUGGCAGCGGACAUUCAACUAUCGACUAAUCCGUACCAGGCGAGUGGUAGAGCAUGCGCUUGGGAGGCUGAAAGGGCGAUUUAGGGUCCUGGUGCACAAUAACUUGAAUGACCCAAAGUUUGCCAGUCGUGUAGCUAUUGUCUGCUGUGCCAUUCAUAAUGUAUGCGAGCGCUGGAGAUGUGCAGCGGAAGCAACAUGGCUCAUCGACGAUGCGACAUACGACAAGUACCAUGCUGGGCAAAACGAUCAGCCCAAUGCGGAGUUUGAUCAGGCUGGCUUGACUAUUCGCAACAAGCUAGCUCAGUACACUCAUCAGCAGGCUCCCAUCGCAUGA